AUCAACGACGGAGACCGUGCUAAAAAAGCCGCUUGCAAAAUACUCAAGGGAGCGCAGUAAAUACAAGUACUUUGAUACCUGUUGUCCUACUUUGGCAGUGGUCAGGACAGUACUGCUUUAUAUGUCGUGUGGUUGGGGCUGUUCAACUCUCCUCUCUGCCUGCAAUACCCUCCGUGAUUGCUGAUACACAAUGUCUGGUCGAUUUAAGUUUUUCAAAAGCAAAAGGGGACACUCUCCUGCGCCUCCUGGUCCUGUUCCCAGCCUCAAGAACACAUCUUCCCUGGCUGAAAACGAUAGAACCACCCGCAGAGACCAUGGUGGAUCUGAUGGAUAUCAUCUUAAGCCUCCUACUGCUGCUGUGUCAGGUGGGCGUUCUCCGAAGCAGCGGAGGCCGUUUCUGUCCGCUGUAUCUAGGCUAUUCAGCAGAAGCCCCAGUCCCAAUCCUACUCAUAUCAACCAAUCGAGGGCCUCUGAUACUGUCCCCUCUACGCUCGAUCCGCCAUCCCCUAAUCUAUCACCAUCUCCCCUCCCUCAUACAAUGCCCAGCGAACACGUCAUCCAUAGCAACACUGAGGAGGCCCACCCACAACCAGGACGUACAGGUGUGGACUCAAAUAUUCCGUCGUCAAUGGGUCAAACGUCGCCACCUUCGGACGUUCCUGCUAGUGACGGAAAGAAAACAAUCAUCGCCGCCACAAGGCUCGUCCUCCAAACUGCUGCCUCUGCUCUUAAGUUCGUCCCUAUUGCGAAUCUCGAUCAGAUACCAAGUAUUCUCCUGACGUGGCUGCAAGUUUAUGAGACUAUUGACAACAAUGACGAAAAUCUCAAGGGAUUAGACGAUGAAGUUCGAAACGCUCACGAAACGAUCUUUAGGCCUCUCCAGUUGUGG